GAGCGUUGAUCAGCGUUGAUUGAUACGGUUAGGUGCAGUGUCCGCAUCGUAGCAUGAGGUGAAAUAUCACCUACAGCAAAUGCACCAUCGAAAAUACGCACAAUACAUGCAUGUCAUCAGCUGCUGACAUUCUAGCCGAUGCAUUCUAUGGAAACGACAUGACAUGAGUCCAGAAGUUGUGUUGUGUAUGGCGUAAACUGACCGGACAUAAAACGUAGAUUAUCCGGUCCGAAAUAACGUUAUCGGCUAUAGUUAGCUAGUGCGUACAGUGGACUAUGAGUGGACUAUAAUUUACGUCAGCUCCAAAUUUAGCACUGCGGAGUGCCGUGUAUGUGCUCAACACGUGCGAUUCUUCUUGUACGUGACACACUGAACUCUACACAUUGUGAACACUGAUUACAGAAAGAUGUUUUUUUACUCAACACUUGCAACGAACCUAAACUUAAAUUUCAAAGUAAUUGGACAUUAGAGUUUCGAUCAAUUAUUUGUUGCAGCGUGGAGUCAGUGCUGUUUGGAAACUGGAAGCUCUUACGUCAUUUCAAGUGUUGUGUUUACAAAGCAAACGUCAAAAAUGGUUUUUGAGUCUGUUGUCGCUGAACUCCUUAAUAAGGUGUUAGGCGAUUAUGUUCAAAAUCUUGAUCACAAACAGUUAAAACUCAGCUUAUGGGGAGGUGAUGUAGUCCUGAAGGAUCUGCUGAUCAAAGACACAGCGCUCGAUAAACUUGAUCAACCUGUUAAAUUAGCUUACGGCCGCUUGGGGAAGUUAAUACUGAAGAUCCCAUUCAAGGAUAUGUGGAAUGGCCAAGUCGAUGCUAUUAUUGAAGAACUCUAUCUACUGGUUGUGCCAUGCAGCCAAACACAAUAUGAUGCAGAAAAAGAAGCAAAGGCAGAGCUUGAAGCUAAGCAAGCGGAAAUUGCAAGAGUGGAAAAAUCUAAGCAGCAGGCUGAUGUUAAAAAUCAAGAAAAGUUAGAUGAUUCAAUGGUUGAAAAAUUGGUUGCACGUAUGAUAAAGAACAUUCAUGUUGAAGUGAAAAAGAUACAUGUCAGGUAUGAAGAUCACACAACAUUCAAGGAUGCACCUUUUUCCGUUGGUCUCACUCUCAGCAACUUUACAGUUGAGAGUUGCAAUGAGUCCUGGACAACAGGCGGAAACCUUAAGGAUAUGCAUGCCAUUGCACAAAUAUUCAAAUUAUGCACAUUGGAUGGGUUAGGAGUAUAUCUGAAUCCAACGUUCAAUCAGUUCAGUAAACAGCCUCAAUCGGAAUACAGUCAACUUUUUUCGUUAGGAAUUGCUACUGUUGACUACAAACCUGUUGAUUACCAGUAUUUGUUGGGACCAAUAAAUGCUAACGUGAAAUUGAAAUUGAAUCCAAAACCUGAAACGGAUGGAAGCAAUUACACGAUUCCCAAAGUGUGGAUGGAUGCAGAAAUGCAAAAGUUGAAAAUUGGAUUGAGCAAGAUUCAAUACCAAACAAUAAUGCGAUUGGGUGAAGGGUUGGACAGAGCACAAAAGGCUGCCCCAUACAAAAAAUAUAGGCCAAAUUUAACAUCGUAUAGAGGCCAUUACAAAGAAUGGUGGCAGUUUGCCUAUACCUGCAUUUUGGAAGAAACAGUGCGCAGGUGUCAAAAAAAUUGGGAUUGGAAUCAUAUGAAACUGCACAGGGACACGUGUCGUAGUUAUGCCAAAGCUUAUCAUGCAAAACUAACUAAUAAAAAAGUAGCCCAAGAAAUUGUGGAUCACCUUACGCAUUGUGAGCGGAUUUUGGAUGUCUUCAAUUUGGUUAUUAUUCGACAACAAAUCGAACUCGAGGUAGAACGCCUUGCAGAGAAGGAGAAAGAUCUCAAGGCAAAAAAAGGAUGGUUUGGCUUUUUGUGGGGAAGUGCGCCGACGGAAGAAGAAGAGGAUCUCAAUUCAGCAGCAGCCAUCAUGCGCAAGUUCGAGGCAGCGAUGACUCCACAGGAGAAAGAGAAGUUAUAUCGAGCCAUUGAUUACCAAGAAAAUAGUGGCACCACACAUUAUCCAGAAACAUACGAGGAUAUUGAUUGCCGCUUCUUUUUACAUGGCCUCGAGGUUUUUGUUCUGGAUACUGAAAAAGAAUAUCCGCAAGUCCUAGACCUACAGUUCAACGGUGUUCAAGUUGGCUUCAAAUCUCGGCCUUCUGGUAGUGGCAUCAUGGCUACUGCAUCAAUUAAUGACUUAAAGCUGCUCGGUGUCAGGCAACAGGACACAGUGCCUGUCUUAUUAACGUCAGAAGGAGGUUAUUCUGAUGCUGUAUUAUUUGCUGUAACUUAUGAAAAAAAUCCUAUUGACAAGUUGUGUGGGGAUCGUGUGAUAGUCAAGGCUAGAUCCGUUCAAGUCAUUUAUGAUGCCUAUACCAUCAUAGAACUAGUGAAAGUUUUCAGAAUACAGGAUACUUCCACAUUGAAUCAACUCCAGGCUGCCGCUGCCAUGCAAUUGGAGGGCUUGAAAGAAAUGUCAGCAUUAGGUCUGGAAUAUGCUAUCGAAAAGCAUUCAGUACUAGAUAUUCAGGUCGACCUACAAGCAUCUCAACUAAUUAUUCCCCGGCAAGGUUUUUACACAGGCAAUGAAUCACUGUUCGUUCUUAACUUGGGUAGUCUGAAAGUUAAUUCCCUGGAAAAACCAAAAGAUAGUAAAGCCACUGCCACUGUUAAACAAUUGGUUGACAUGGGAAAAUCAGAAGAAGAUAUUUUGACAGAACUACGGACGCACAGUUAUGACAAAUUUGUCAUGAAAAUAGUAAACUUCCAGGCACUUGUCUGUUUGCCAAAUGAAGAUUGGCACCAAACUUUACUGACUAGCACAGUAGGAGCUAUGACGGUGUUGAAGCCAAUGACCUUAGAGGUUCAACUUGACAAGUGUUUGAUUAUGGAUGAUCCCCUGCUCCCUAAAAUGAGAAUUAUAGGACAACUCCCAUCUGUAGCCCUUGACAUAUCUGAUUCAAGAUUGCUAGAAGCUCUUUCAAUUGCACAAAGCAUUCCCUUACCGCAGAACGAAGACAUCCCUGCUCCGCAACCGUUAAGUACAAAAUCAGUUUCUCAGAUAUCUUUGAUGAAAGAAUUAUCUGCAAUCCCUAGUAUGAUUGAAAAGAAGCCAAACGCUCCUGUGAAGCAAACAACAAAUUUAGAAGCAAAGUUUGUUAUGAAGGAAUUUGUUCUUGCUCUUUCGAAACAAGAAGGCUCAGUUGUAGACAAAUCAGAGCCAUUCCUUAAAGUGGAAGUAUUAAAAUUAGAAGCUGAGUUGAUUCAGCGUUCAUUUGAUCAAGAUGUGAAGCUGAGACUUGGUGGUGUGCAAGUCACACAAUAUCGUGAAAAAGGAGAGAUACAUAUUAUAGAUACUCCAAUGGCUAGUGGCAUUGAAGAAUAUCUUAUUGUUGUUCAACAUGUAACUGUCAAUAAACUUUCUCCAGAAUUCACAACAGUUCAUGGUUCUGUUCUUCAGUUAUUACAGAUGGAAUUUACUAAGUUAGAUGUGUUGCUUCAUCAAGAAGCAAUCAUCAGCGUCCUUCAAUUUGUUUCCAAUGUACAGGACAGGAUGGCUAAGACUCCUCAAUCAAGUAUUGAGAAUGAAGAUACCGCACAAACGGCAUAUCGACUUGCAACAAUCCAUGAAGAUUCACUUCAGUUCUCCAAUCUUGGGAAAGAAAAACUUCUGAAGCCUACAGUUAAUUUACGGAAGAAAAAACGAGUAGUUGAAUGUAUAGAUCUCAAGAUCAAGGCAAAAGUUGGGUCAAUAGGUAUAAAAAUGGCGAAUGAUGUCAGGGAUAUCAGCGCUUUUUUCAUAGAAGGAAUUGUUGCCGGUUAUAUUAUGAAAGCUUCUUAUUCACAAGUAAAUGUGAAUCUGGCUUCGAUCAAUGUUACAGACCUCAACCCAAUAUCUGCUUAUCAAAAUAUAAUCUCUGUGACAGGAACAGAGUCGUUACAAGUUCAAGCUGUAAUAUAUAACGUCGAACCAUGGGAGGUUGAUAAAAAUAACAUGUCUAUUAAAGUAGUUAUGGGCUGUCAUCGAGUAGUAUUUUUGAACUCUUUUGUAACUGGAGUUAUGAAUUUUUUGAAUCAUUUCCAAGCAGCACAAGAAGCUAUUAAAGAAGCCUCAGCUGCUGCUGCUGAAGCUGCAAAAGAAAAUAUGAAAGAUGUGCAGGAACGAGCUACUCGCAUUGAAUUAGCUGUUAAAAUCAAGGCCCCAGUAGUGUAUAUACCAACAAACUCUAAGAGUGAACAUGCUCUAAUGCUUGAUAUGGGUAAUUUAACAGUAUCCAACAUUUUGAAGAAGUUAGAAAUUGUUAAUGAUGAAGGCAAUUCUCCUGUAAUCGAUGAAAUGAAAGUUGAUCUGCAAGAUAUGAAACUAUCAAGGGUCAAACUGAACACAAGUGACUUUGUUGCUGAUAACGAAGUGCUAUUGCUGCAACCUGUCAGUUUCACUCUUGUCAUCAAACGAAAUUUAUCUACGGCAUGGUUUACUUCCAUUCCUGAUAUCGAUAUGUCUGGUAGACUGAAUAAAAUUGAACUUUUGAUUAGUCAGGAAGAUUAUGGAAUGAUGAUGAAAGUUUUGAGUGAAAAUUUAGGGGAAACCAUUGAUGAUCCUGCACCUGAUGUUGCUACUAUUUCCAAAAACGUGGCUGUCGAGGAUUGGAAUAGACAUCAAUCAAUUAAGCCAGAUUUGGAAGUUAUGAGGCACAGCAAAGUGAAAGAAUUUAAAGAUUCAAAACAGAUUCAUACUGUAAUGAAAUUUGAAUUCAUCAUGGAUAGUUUAGUAGUCAGCUUAUAUACUGGAGGAUCGAAGACGCUUGCGUCUAAAAUGUCUCCAAUGCAUCUACCCGAAAACGGAUUGGCAAAGUUUAGUUUGUCUCAUUUUGCUUUGAAAGGGCGAAUGUUUGGUGAUGGUUUGUUGGCUACUUCUAUUUUGUUGAUGAAUUGCACAUUGGAUGAUACAAGACCCAGCAGGGUGGGUUCUCUCACAAGAAUAAUGGAAAGGAUCAGUGAACCACUCCAGAAGGAUGAUUCAAGUCCUGAUAAGGAAGUUAAAUCAGUUCGAAGUAUGGUGGAUAUGACUUUGCGCAAAGGAACAAAUGAUACCUUUGUUGAUGUCCGCGUAUUCUCAUUCAGCAUAAUAGUAUCAUUAGACUAUCUUAUGAAGAUAAAGGAUUUCUUCAACGUAGAGCAGUUGUCAUCAAAUCAAAAUGCUGCACCCGUUGUGCAAAAAGGUUACAAUGAAGUACCUGGUAAAAAAAUGAGACCGUCAGGGACUGUCCAACCUGAUACUGCCAUGCUUACAGUCAAUCUCCAUAUUGAAAAACCAGAUAUUAUUCUUGUUGAAGAUAUGGAUAACAUUGAUUCUAACUGCAUUGUAUUAAAUACGGAGCUCUUAUUAAAAUUAAGAAUGGUGGGUGAUCAUCAAGCUAUCACGGGAUCGAUCAAAGAUAUGUCCAUCCUCACUGGAAUUUACAAUCCUCUACGGAGAUCGGAAUCAAUUUAUCAGGUGUUGAGACCAUGUAGCAUUAGCUUGGCAGGUUCUACGCCAGAAGGAAAAGGUUUACAUGUUGACAUAUGCUGCACUGACAUACACGUUUCUGUUUCUCCAGGCGUUAUUGAGAUGUUAAACAAAGUCGUUCAGACUGUCACAAAGAAUCAACAGGUUGAAGAUGAGUCAGUGAAGGUGGAACCAGAUUACAGUGGAGUUUGGAUGAUUACUCCAUUUAAUGAAAAUGAUUAUUGGUUUCUCAAAGCAGAAACGGCCGUUGAAGCAAUGGAAGAUCUUGCAUUUGCGGAAAAUGUAGAACCAGAUGUAAUUUAUAAACAAGAACUCGCUAUUGUAACCGCUCCCACUAUUCUCCUAACUUUGGAAGCUGGUGUUGGCAAUAAAACUCUACCUAUGCUAUUGUUUUAUCUGGGCUUCCAGAGUAAUGUAAAUGACUGGAGCACGAAGACUAUGAGCAUUGAGUGUACUAUGACUUUAGCUGUGGCAUAUUAUAAUAGUCGUCUUGCUUUAUGGGAGCCACUGAUAGAACCUAUAGAAUGUAAUGAAAAUGGAAAACGUAGUUCAACACCGUGGGAACUCAAAACUAAGAUUCAAUUUAAUGACCUCACGGUUGAUUCGCAAUCUGCAAGUGUCGCUAGUCCUGGUACAGAAAGUGAACCAGAUUUACAUCAGCAGACAGCGAAAAUGUGUAUAGACAUCUCAUCAAUGGAAAACUUGGAAAUGACAGUCACUAAAACGUGCCUCGACGUUCUUAAGCAACUGGGUAAUGCAUUUUCGAAUGCUAUUGAACCUGACAAAAAACAAAGUCUUAAAAUAGCUCCAUAUCUGUUGAAGAAUGAGACUGGCUUAUCCAUGACCUUACAUCUCGAGAACGGUCAUUUUAAAGUUGUCGAAGAUCCAACAGUAGCUACAACGUCUAGUUCUGGAUCUUAUACAGAAGUAGUGCUUGAGUCUGGAGCAUCGGUAGAAUUGGCACCUACAGUUAUGAAAUCUGCAACAACUCAUCUCCUCCAAGAACUUAAAGCUGAAACUGUCAAAAUUAACAGUGAUAACAAGUUCAUCGUAUCGUUCAAAGGUCUCCAGAACAAGUUAGAAAUUCCAGUGCUUCGUGCAGAUAAGAGGUUCUUUCCCUUAAAGCAUCGUGGGGAUGGAGCAGACGAAUGGGGUAUCAUUUCUGACGUAGUUGUUGAGGAUGGAAGCACUAUCCUCACUCUAAGAAGUGUGCUGCAGGUACAUAAUCACUUCAGCAAACCGGUAUCAGUAUAUUACAUGACGAAACGCGGUAAUGAAGUGGAAUGUGUGGGCACUGUAGAAUCUGACAAGUGUCUCAAUCUUCCAUUAGAUGCUGUGUAUACGCCAACAAAUGAGUUAUUCUUCAGUGUUGAAGGGUACACGGUUUCGAUAAUUCCAUUCAUAUGGAAAGAUCUUCAAAAAACAGUUUCUAUGACUAAGUUACUGCAAUGCGAGGCCAGAUCUCGCCACGAAUACGUUGAGCCGUUUUACAUCAAGAUGUUUUUCAUGGCGAUUAUGGUCGGUAGUAUCCUCUAUAAUAACAACACUCUUGGUUUAUUACUAGACAUAAUCGACUGGCGUCUCAAAUUAAAUCGUUCUAUAUCUUAUGUCGAGCAUAGAUGUUCAAGUAUUGCUAAAUCAAACGGAUCCAAGUGUCUGGAAGGACCUAUCCAGGCAGUUGGAGAAAUUGAACAAGUUUACUUUGAGAAUACAAGUAGACACACUAUGUCAAGUACAGUAUAUAAUAUUCAUUUAUAUCCAUCGGUAUAUUUGAAAAACUUCCUACCAAUAGAUAUUAUUAUCACAUUACCUGGUAUUCCGGACGAACAACUCGUAGAAGCUAGUAAAAUACUACAAAUUCCUACAAUCGAGCCUGGAAGAUCCAGUAUCGUUAUUAAGUUACCACAGUAUUUGGAAAAGGACUGGUCAUGUAGAGUGGACAUCCAAGGGAACCCACCUGAGUUUUCAGUUUGUUCAUUCGAAUCAUAUGACAGUGUGCAAAAGGUGGUUAUGGACUUAGGAAUGCACACAUCUUUCAGACAUGGUUCACUUAUCAUGGCAUUAUACUGCCCCUUCUGGAUGUUGAACAAAACUGGACUUAUGUUGUCCUACAGGAAAUCGAGUAAAGCAGCAGUCAAAGAAAAUUCAAGUCCUGCUAAGAAAUGGGUUUCCAGUUUAAAACCUCGUCGUCGCCAUGGUGACGAUGGCAGGGAAAAGAAAAAAUCGAGUACGGAGGACAAUUUGAACGUUCUUUAUCAUCCUGAGACCUACAAAGGAGUAAUCCUAUUUUCCUUUAAUAAAAAGGCAUUUUUUGGCAAAAAAAAAGCUAUGGUCAGAGUUGAAGAUGGAGCAUGGUCGGACAAAUUCUCUAUUGAUGUUGCAGGAAGCAAGGGGGCAGUUUCUUGUAAAUACAAUGGCAUUAUUUACCAGAUCGGUGUUCAUAACCAGCUAACAUAUAAUUCAUUAACGAAACAAAUCACAUUUACCCCGUAUUACGUACUGAUGAAUAAUUCUGACUUCCUUAUUGAAUGUCAAGAAAGUGAGCGGCCUGCAGACCCUCUGUUUAAGAUUUUGCCCGGUGAAUGUUCUUCAUUUUGGCCACGUUCCGAACAAGCUGUAAAAACUUUGAAAGCAAAGGUUGCAGGGCAUCCUGAAAAAACUGCAGCUUUUAUCUACACUGAUGUUCAUACUACAUUGUUGAAGCUUGACAAUAAGUAUGGUGGGAUUAACGUUGAUGUACAAAUUAAUGAAGGUGGAGUGUACAUCUCCAUGUCCGGUUAUACUCCAGGAAACGCACCUGCUUUAAUAAUCAAUCAUACUCCGCAUACUAUCAACCUUUGGGAAAAAGGAUCUAUGAACGUUAGAUCCAUUCAAUCAUACAACCGAAUGUUCUACACGUGGGAGAAUCCUGCGGGUUCAAGAACAUUAGUUUGGGAAGACGGCAGUAAAAAAGAAAUCGAAAAUGAUCUUCGAAAGGAUAAUUUAGGGCCAUUUAUCGCACCGGACACAGAAGAAGAGGCAUUUUAUGUUUCAUUCCUUGAUGGUACUCAACGUGUUCUACUAUUCACUACGAAUUUCAAAAUAGCUGAAGACUGCCAGUUGGCUGGGGAUCUUGAAGUUAUCGAUCAAGAAAUUACCCUAAAUAUUCAUGGUGUUGGGAUGUCGUUGGUGAACAACAUUAGUAGAAAGGAACUUCUAUACAUGUGUAUUGCUAGCUCUGGGGUCAUUUGGGAAUCACAAAAAUCUCGUGGAAGUCGAUGGCGUGCAUUCAAUACAAAAGAUGUUAUUACCAUUGAAGAUGGUUACCAAAAGUAUAUUCGUGAACUUCAAAUUGGCAGGGAUCCACCCUACAAGGUCAUGCUGGAACCCAAACUAGAGGUGGAUUAUCUGAACAUGGAGAUAUUGAAACCCCAUCGGAGAUAUAUUCGCCGGACUUUCCAAACUGGAUUAUGGGUUCAGCAUCGUGCAUCUGUACAUCAAGUACAGCUGCAUGCAAAAAUAAACCGUCUGCAGAUUGAUAAUCAACUUUCUGAUUGCGUAUUUCCAGUAAUAUUGGGUCCAGUUCCACCUCCAAAGAGUAUCGCUCAGGAUUCUGUCAUGAAGCCGUUUGCAGAAAUGAGUUUGGUGAAACGAUUACUCGAACAUAGUACUGUACAACAAUUCAGAUAUUUCAAGGUACUCAUUCAAGAGUUCCAUAUCAAAGUCGAUAUUCAAUUUAUUGGUGCCAUCAUGGAGUUAUUCAAAGACAAUGAGACUACUGACGCCGAAGAGAGUGAAUUGUUCCGACAAGACAUGAAGUUGGUGAAAGAGCCUUUGCUGUAUCAUGUGACUUUAAUAACAACAGCUGAACAAAAGAACUUCUUUGACUUGCUCCACUUUUCACCACUUAAGAUUCAUAUUAGUUUUUCAAUGACUGGAGGAGGGGCACAGUUGCCACAAGUGCUAAAUGUAUUGUUACAAGGAAUUGGUGUUACUCUGACAGAUAUCAAUGAUAUUGUGUUCAAAUUAGCAUAUUUCGAGAGAGAGUAUACAUUUAUGCCCCACAAUCAACUAAUAUCCGAGGCGACAAGUCAUUAUGUGGGUCAGGCAAUCAAACAAGCGUACGUUCUAGUCUUGGGCUUGGAUGUCAUUGGGAAUCCGUAUGGUUUGGUUGUUGGCACAAUGAAAGGCAUCGAAGAUUUAUUCUAUGAACCGUUUCAAGGGGCAAUUCAGGGUCCUGGUGAAUUUGCAGAAGGUUUAUUGCUUGGCGUCAGAAGUAUGUUCGGACAUACUGUCGGUGGUAUGGCUGGCGCUGUUUCCAAAAUCACUGGAGCAAUGGGUAAGGGUAUCGCUGCUCUCACAUUUGAUAAAGAUUAUCAACGUAGAAGGCAAGAACAGUUGAACAAACAACCAGCAAAUUUGCAAGAAGGACUUGCACGAAGUGGUAAAGGUCUCGUCAUGGGGGUAUUUGAUGGAGUGACUGGAGUUGUCAUGAAGCCAAUAUCAGGUGCAAAAGAAGAAGGUGUCGAAGGAUUUUUCAAAGGAUUUGGAAAAGGUAUGGUUGGAUUUGUCACACGACCGGCUGCUGGAGUUAUUGAUUUUGCCAGUGGUUCGUUAGGCGCUGUUAAACGGGCCACGGAAUUGAGUGAAGAAGUCAAAAGAGUUCGACCACCAAGAUUCUUACAACCUGACAGUCUUGUUAGACCUUAUAUUCAACACGAUGCCAAUGGAAACAAAAUCCUUUUUGAAUUGGAGAAAGGAAAGUAUGCCAAUACCGACAUUUAUGUCUUUCAUAUUGAAGUAAACAAGGAUGUGGUUCUUCUUACUGACAAACGUAUAGCCUUUCUUAAACUUAGUGAUCUAUUUGGUGGAUGGCAGGUUGAAUGGUCUUACACGUGGCAAGAAGUAAACAAUGCCCCAAGAGUAACUGAUAGGGGAGUAGAAGUUCCUGUGCGAGAAACUCAGAAGAAGAAGAAACUUGGUAACUUAUUUGGUAGCACCGAUCACGGCAAGCUCAUAUUAGUUCCGGAUUUUGAAAUCAGAAAGUUACUAUGCAGCAAAAUUGAGGAGCAAAUCAAUCAAAGUUCAUCGUGAAACGGACACCCAUAAGACGAAAACUUCAGGUUCUACACUUUAGAGUCUAAGAAGACAAAAGCGCCUAAUCAUCAAUAUUGUCUUACUAUAUUGUACGACGAAAUUUUUUCUUUAAUACAGCUUUAAUGCACACAGUAUCUCUUUAUUAAUUCUUGUACUCUGAGACUGACAUAUAUGGGUACGUAUAUGUAAAUACGUAUGGAAAAACAACCUCAGUGUAGAAUUACAACUAGACACAACAAUAAUUUAGAACAAAUAGUGAUAUUCUUACAGUUAUACGUAUAUUGUCAUGUUAGUAUUCUGCAUUAGUACAUAAAGAAAAGGCUAUAUGAAAUUUUACGCCUCAAUUGUUAAUGACAUGGUUUGUACACAGAAGCUUUUUACCCACUGAAAUAUAAUUAUCGAAUAUCUAUGAAUGAA